AUGGCUGAAGCUCCACCAAUUAUUUUCAUCGCCAGACAUGGUGCUCGCCUGGAUGCCGCUGACAAGAGCUGGCAUCUAACAUCCCCUACCCCCUACAAUCCUCCUCUUUCUUACGGUGGCUGGCUGCAAUCUCGUGCACUGGGAGUGCGCAUCGCAAGCUUGUUACGAGCACCAGAAUAUUCUGGCAGAGGAUCCGAGAGCGAGCACGACCAAUCCCAGACUCCAGACGUCCCGGCGAAUGUACAACCCAAAUCCAUCCCCGCAUUCUCGGACCUGUGCAACCGAUAUAAUGUCAUCAUUCAUACUUCCCCAUACCUACGCUGUCUUCAAACAGCUAUAGGUGUCAGUACUGGCUUAAGUCAGCACCUAUCGGGUGCUGAACCGUUAGAACCAUCAGACCAGACUGGCUCACCAUCUGCCUCCGACGUUGCCCUUCCCCAAUUAAAAACUCUCCUACGCGUUGACGCAUUCCUGGGAGAGUGGCUGUCACCAGACUACUUUGAAUUGAUCACACCACCGCCAAACUCAGACCGAAUGGUAGCGUUGGCCAAGGCAGAAUUACUUCGUCGGGGUGAGACCAUCCCAGCAUCAGCAACGACAGGAGAGGGAGCGAGGACCAUUUCAGGUCAUUUUCCUGGCGGUUGGGGUACCCAGUCGAACCAAAACUCGCUAAACGAAGAAAAAGACGAUCAUCCUCUCUUUUCCCCGGAUUCAUCCAAAGUUCUAGGGAAUCAGCGACAGCGGGCCAGUUCCUAUACCAUUCAGGUCCAGUCCCCGAUCAGCCGCACCCCAAAUACUCUCGGUCCCCUCAAAACCGAUCUUCCCCCGGUAGUAGAUGCUGCUUAUGUGCCUCCCACUCCUGGAUAUGCUGUGUCUCCCUUGGAUCCCAUACCUUCCGGAUAUGUUUCCCAUGCACGAGAUGCUUGUACCAAGAUUGAUUACCAAUGGGACAGCAUGCGAUCGCCGUUCUGGGGUACUGGUGGCGAGUUUGGAGAAGAGUGGGGCAAAAUGCAUGAACGUGUGGACAAUGGUUUUAGACAGAUGAUCGACUGGUACCGUAAGCCCGUCCCGACGACUCCAUCCGACCUAGAAGCUGUCGUCGAUGACACAAAAGCUACGAAACGCCUUGCCCAAACUAUUAUUAUUAUCAUAACUCAUGGUGCCGACUGUAACGCCUUGAUUAGUUCCCUGAGUGACCGAUCUGUCCUACUUGAUAUCGGUACUGCUUCGCUUACAAUGGCCGUGCGACGCGAUCGAUUAAAGAGUAUAAUCUCAGAUUCGGACAAGAUGUCAGGCUCGCGAGAGACGCAGAAGAACCCCACCGUCUCCCAGGAAUAUGUCUUGCAGUUGAUAGCGUCUACCGACCACCUACGUUUAGGUGUCAAUCCCUCUCAACUUCUUUCACUUUCAUCUGCCUCUGGUUCGAGACCGCCGCCUGUGCCAGCUAUCCCGUACUAUCGCAAUCGCUUGUCUUCUCGGGCAUCCCCUCAAACGACGGGACCGAUCUCAGGAUCAGGAAAUGGCCCUAGCAACUGGUCCAUUUCUCCACGUUCAUCGACCAGUACAGUACCUCCUCGGUCAGCCGGCGGUCUCUGGGGCUCUCUCUCCUCGCCAAUCGAGCAAGAUGAUGAUGAGGACGAUGAUUUCGUGCCCAACUUUGGGGGUCAUCCUGUCAAUCAUCAUGACAGAGCCUUUUCCACAGGAGCUGCUGACCGGCCAGGCUGGACAAAAAAGCUGCCACAACGUACCCCUUCUCAACGCGGCCUUUGGGGAGCUAACUCAUCUUCGAGCCACGACGCACACUCAAGAAGGCGUUGGACAUUAACGGAGCAAAAGAUUUGA